CUGUGGGAUUCUCUUUUAUUGAGUUAUUUAAAUAUGUCUCGAUUCUUCCGUUCUGCGUCUGACAGCGAGUCUGACAGCGAGUCAUCCGACAACGAAUCCUACAUCUCCGAUGAUGACCACGAGUCCACUGAUGACGAAGUCGAACAAGAAGAGCUUGGAGAAGCCCAGCCCAAGAAAUCGCGCUUCUUGAAAGGUACUGGGAGUGAUUCCGAUUCCGGAGACGACGAAUUUAGCCGUAAACGCCAAGUCAAGUCUCAAAAGGACAAACGUCUUGAUGAAAUGGAAAACUCGAUCAAGGCCAUCGAGAGUGGUCAAAAGAACAAUGACUGGGGACGCAUCUUGGCUGAAUUCGAUAAACUCUCUCUCCAUGUAACCAAGGCUGUCACUGGAUUCGAUAGUAUUCCUGUUCCCAAAGGUUACAUCAAAACUAUUGUCGAUAUCGAUGCGCUCUUGCAAGAAUCGAAAAACAGCAAGAAGAAACUUAAUGUCACCAACAGCAAGGCAAUGAACGUGAUGAAACAAAAGAUGAAAAAGAUCACCAAACAGUAUGAAGAUCUUGUUGCCGAAUACAACAAGGAUCCUGAAGCUUUCAUGGAAGAAGAAGAAGAAGAAGAAAUUAUCGAAGAAAAGCCCGAGCCAGUCAAGGCACCUGUUGCUCAGAUCAUAGAUGAGGAAGAAGAUGAUGGUUUCACAUCAGUUGGCAAGGGCGGUAAGCGUAUGGUUGAGCUUACAGCCGAUAAUUUCUUCUCGACUCUCAAGGAAGUUCUUGAAAACCGUGGUAAAAAGAACACCAAUCGCGAUGACCAGAUUGUAACUCUUCAGCGCCUGUUGAAGAGUGCUCGUUCACCUUUCCAAAUUAUCUCUGUUCUUUUGCUACUCAUCUCUUCUCGCUUCGAUAUUAACCUCAGCAUGGCUGGAUUUUUGCCUGUUCCUGUGUGGAAGGCUGCCGAAAAAGAGUUGAACUUGCUUUUGGAGACUUUGGAAAAGAACCCUCAAUUUGUGGUCCGUGAAGAUGCAGAACCUCUUGACGAAGACGACAAGGAUAUCACUCCUGCCCCUGGACAAGUGGUUGCAUUGCGCGGCUCUAUCGUCAGCUUUAUCGAGCGUCUUGACGAUGAAUUCACAAAGUCUCUGCAAAACAUUGACCAACACAGCACAGAUUACAUUGAUCGCCUGAGAGAUGAGCCUCAAUUAUAUACCAUGUUGGUCCGUGUCCAGAUCUAUGGUGAGAAAUACAACAUGGAUAACACUGUCUCUAGAGUCGUGAUGCGUCGCAUUGACCAUCUUUACUUCAAGCCUGAUGUUGUUAUUCGAUCCAUCGAAUCUUCAGCCGCCAAUUUAUUGUCAAAGAACCUGGUUUCAAAAAUCAUUACUUCUGAAGAACCAUCUGAAUUGAUCCAUCAGUUGUGUGCUUAUCUGUACCGUCAAAAGGCAUCUGCCUUGCGUACACGCGCCAUGCUGUGCCACAUUUACCACAUUGCUCUCCACAAACAGUUCUACACUGCACGCGACAUGCUGCUGAUGUCCCAUCUUCAGGAGUCGAUCCACCAGGCAGAUAUCACCACCCAAUUGCUCUACAACCGUGCCAUGGUACAGAUUGGCUUGUGUGCAUUCCGCGAAGGACUUAUCAAGGAAGCCCACGCCGCUCUUCAAGAGAUCCAGGGAUCUGGACGUGUUAAGGAAUUGCUUGGUCAGGGUAUCCAGACCCCUCGCUAUGGCCAACAGACUGCACCCGAGGUUGACCAGCUUGAACGCCAGCGCCAGUUGCCUUUCCACAUGCACAUUAACCUUGAAUUGCUCGAGUGUGUGUUUUUGACUUGCUCUAUGCUGUUGGAAAUUCCUGCCCAGGCACAGGCUGGUCCCAAUACCAAGAAGUAUAUCUCCAGACCAUUCAAGCGCCUUUUAGACUACAAUGAGCGUCAGCCCUUCUCAGGUCCUCCUGAGAACACUCGCGACCACAUUAUGAGUGCAGCAAAGGCAUUGGCCUCUGGUGAGUGGGAACGUGCACGUGACUCUAUUUUGGCCAUCAAGGUGUGGGAUCUGAUGCAGGACACCGAGGCAAUCAAGGAGAUGCUUGUCCAGAAGAUUCAGGAAGAAGGUCUGCGCACCUAUUUGUUCACUUACGCACCUUACUACUCUACCAUUGGUUUGGAACAGCUUGCCAGUAUGUUUGCUCUUGAGCCUACUCGCGUGUCUGCCAUUGUUGCCAAACUUAUUCUUAACGAAGAACUUUCGGCUUCUCUGGAUCAAGUCUCCAAGGUUAUUGUUUUACACCAAGUUGAGCUUUCUCAACUCCAGGUCCUUGCUCUCCAGUUUGCUGACAAGGCAGCAUCCAUGGUUGAUCAGAACGAACGUCUGUCGACUGGCGGUAGAGAAAACCAAAAGAACCACACACACCAUCACCACCACUCUUAGGUCCACUUUCCUCAAUAUCCUCAAAACCUUUUUUUUUCCUUCCCCCUUUUUCUGUAUAAUAAAAAAAAGCGCGUUGUUUUUAUAUU